AAUUAUAUAAAUGGCAUGUAAUGUAAGGUGUUGGUACAAUUAUUAAUUUGACGUGCGGCUAGAAACAUAACAUUGUUUUUGCAAAUACAAUUACAAUUAUACUUAUACCAAAUGGAUAAUCUUAAAGGACGCGUGGCCGUGGUGACAGGGGCGAGUGCUGGUAUCGGAGCUGCCACUGCUAUUAAACUAGUCAAAAUGGGAAUGGUGGUCGUCGGGCUUGCCAGGAGAUACGCCAGACUUGAAGAGCUGAAAACAUUUACUGUGAACAACGACUAUCCUGGUGAAUUUCAUUCGGUAGCAUGUGAUUUAACCGACAUGGAUGAUGUGUUAAAAGCUUUCAGAUGGAUAGACGAAAAUAUUGGCGGUAUUCAUUUUAUGAUCAACAAUGCUGGAAUCAUUAGAAUAUCGAGUAUACUAGAUGGGUCGACGGAAAAUUGGAAAGAAAUAAUUGACUGCAACGUAAUAGCGACCACGCUUUGCACUCGGGAAGCAUACAAAUCUAUGAAAAAGCACAAAGUACCCAACGGACACAUAAUACAAAUUAACAGCAUUACGGGCCAUUCGUAUUCAGUUAAUCCGGGUAAUAAGGUUUACAACGCGUCCAAACAAGCCCUUCGAGUAUUAACCGAAGGCCUGCGACAUGAAUUAUCGGUAGCUGGCGACCGUCACAUUAAAGCAACCAGCAUCAGCCCCGGUUUUGUGGACACGGAAAUUUUUGACGCGGCCAACAUUUCGCACUCUAAAAUGAAAUCUUCAGAAAUACUAAGCGCCGAAGAAAUGGCUGACAUGAUAAUCUUUGUCAUGUCAACGGGACCAAACAUAUUGAUUGCCGAAAUGGUCGUCCUCAGUCAAGGCCGCACUAUUCAAACGUACCCUACUAAAUGUUAAUCCUUUUAGUUUCCAUAGCGUGUAGCGAAUAGCUGGAAUGAAUUAAAACUUGUUUUGAAUAAGUAUUUAUUUAUUCAUUGUGUUAAUUAUUACGACCUUGAUUUUGGUUUCGAACGAAAUAAAUAAAAAUCAUAAACGAUAAA